AUGUGUGCUGUGGUGUGCAGGUGUGCUGUGUGCAGGUGUGCUGUGCUGUGUGCAGGUGUGCAUGUGUGCUGUGGUGUACAGGUGUGCUGUGUGCAGGUGUGCAGUGUGCUGCAGUUGGGGUUCAGUCUUCAACUGGCUGGCAGGUGUGCUGUGUGCAGGUGUGCUGUGUGCUGUGCAGGUGUGCUGUACUGUGCUGUGCUGUGUGCAGGUGUGCUGUGCUGUGUGUGUGCUGUGCUGUGCUGUGUGCAGGUGAGGUGUGCAGGUGUGCUGUGUGCAGUAAAGGCCGGUCCAGCCGCGGUGCUGUCCGGUGGGAGGCUCUCGGACCGUGGCGUGUGUCUGCUCGUCUGCACCCAGAGACCGCAGCGGAGCCACGUACGAGGCAGGACCCAGUGCUCUCUCUGCUGGCGUACUGCUGCGGACCAGUGUGUGUUUCUCUGCAGCGAGAAGUUCUUCAGCUGGUUCGUGGAGGAGGGCAAAGCCACGGUUCGGCUGAAGGAGCCUGCGAUCGACAUCUGUCUGAGUAAAGCCGACAGCUGCAGCUUGAAGAGCUUCCUCUCCGCCGCUCGGCUGGCUCACAGAGGAAGUGACACGGACUCGCUCCCGCUGUCGUCCCUCGGCCCGGCCCGCGCUCGCGAUGUGGAGAAACCCAAGAAGAAGCUCAGCAUUCUGUCCAAGAAGGACUAUCCACCCACCUCCAGCUUCCCGCACUCUCUGGAGCAGCUGCAGGUGUCGUACUGCAGACUGACCCGUGUGGACCUGCGCAUGCUGUCGCUGCGAGCGCUGCGCCGGCUGGACCUCAGCAACAACCACAUCAAGAAGCUGCCCUCCACCAUCGGCGACCUGAGCUGCCUCGCCGAGCUGAUUCUCCACAACAACCACCUGGAGAGCUUCAGCGACGGCCUGUGCUCCUCGAGCCUGCAGACGUCACUCCAGCAUCUGGACCUGAGUCAGAACCAGCUGCAGGUCCUGCCCGCUCGCUUCUGUCAGCUGCAGCAGCUGGUCAACCUCAAGCUGGACCAGAACAAGCUCCUGCGGCUGCCUUUCCACAUCGGCCGGCUCUCCAAGCUGCGCUUCCUGUCCGCCGCUCACAACCAGCUCACCGUACUUCCUGCCAGCUUCAGAAAGCUGUGCCUGGAGAACCUGGACCUGUUUGAAAACCCGUUCGCUCAAGCCAACGCCCUGGAGCACACGAUCCGGCUCACGUUCCCGCUGAGGCUGCAGGAGCUAGCGUCCCGCGCCGUGGUGGAGCUCAGAAUCCCACACGGCCCUCACUCCGUGCCGCUGCACCUGUGUCACCAGCUGGACUUCUCUCAAGCCUGCGACUGCGGCCGGGCCUGUGUGGACUCCUACAUCCAGACGGCCGUCAGCUUCAACCUGCACCUGGUGUCUCACACCGUAGUGUUAGUGGACAACAUGGGCGGCACCGAGGCUCCGGUGCAGAAGCACUUCUGCUCGCUCGUGUGUUACUGUGAGUUCAUGGACGGCUACGUGCAGCGCGACCUCAGAUGACCUCACUGACCUUCCGUUUCAGUGUUCUCUUUUAGCUCAAUGUUUAAGGGUUUGUUCACUGGACAAAGACCUUUAAAUUCCAGCAUCGCAACAUAUGUUUUGUGAAAUAA